GGCUUCUGACAGCUUUAUAGAAGCUUAAAUCGUCAAUGGAAAACCCGAUCCAUAUCAAACAAUGAGCAAGCCAGAUAACCUGAUAUCGCAUCCAUGUCCCUGCCGCGUCGGACGAUCCCCGCCCGCCAGCCAGGCAGAUAAGGGAACCUGUGGCAGCCACCAAACCUUCCCAUCUUCUAACGAGAAACACUGCUCGUAUGUAAACCCAAACGAGAGAUAAGAUGCUAAAUCACCGCAUAUCGCCUCCCCAGAGCCCUCUGGAGCCAAUGAUGGUGUCCUUCUGGAAGACUUUGCGCCAUCGGGCCGUAGCUCAAAAGUCAUUUCGUGUUGGUCCUGAUAAGCAUGUUUGCUGAGACGGGCCAGCUGGUCGCCUCUGCGGCACCCAUAUAAGACGUCCGUAGCCAAUUUCCAUCUGCGACUGUUCUAGUCACUCGCAUCAGUGUGUUAUUCGUUUUUUGUACACACCAGAAUGGGUGCACCGACGUUCAAGGACUCUGAGAAGUCCGCAAAUGAAGUGACAUCUCCUCCAGUAUAUGUUGAUGAAGACCCCGAGGCCCUCAAGGGCGAGAUCCACCAUGGGCCAAACACAGACACCCAGCGUGGACUGUCCUCUCGACAGCUGCAGCUGCUUGCUCUCGGUGGUUGUAUUGGCACCGGUCUAUUCGUAGGUUCCGGGUCCACGCUGUCGACGGUGGGCCCAGCACCACUGUUUAUGGGUUAUUUUGCCAUGUCCACGGUGGUGUGGUUUGUGAUGAACGUGCUGGGCGAGAUGACCACCUAUCUGCCCAUCAAGGGUAUUUCGGUGCCUUAUGUGAUUGGCCGCUACACGGAGCCUAGUAUCGGAUUCGCUGCUGGAUACAAUUAUUGGUACUCGUUCGCCAUGUUACUGGCAAGUGAAGUGACGGCUGCCGGGAUUAUCAUCCAGUACUGGACCACCUCCAUAAAUGUUGGAGUGUGGAUCACCAUCAUCCUCCUCGUGAUUUUGCUUCUCAAUAUCGUCGCGGUGUCAUGGUAUGGUGAAGCCGAGUUCUGGUUCGCAACGUUAAAGAUCCUUGCCAUCAUUGGUCUGAUUAUCCUGGGCGUGGUGCUUUUCUUUGGUGGUGGCCCUAACCAUGAUCGACUCGGCUUCCGCUACUGGGACAACCCGGGUGCGUUUAAUCCCUACUUGGUGGGCGGAAACACCGGUCGCUUCCUCGAUUUCUGGACCGCCUUUAUCAAGUCUGGCUUCUCCUUUAUCUUCUCCCCCGAGCUUAUCACCACUGCCGCUGGUGAAGUUGAAGCGCCCCGUCGCAACAUCCCGAAAGCCACCAACCGAUUCAUCUACCGAGUCUUCGCCUUCUACAUUCUGGGAACCCUUGUGAUUGGUGUCACGGUGGCUUACAAUGAUCCUAAACUCAUGUCCGCGGUAGCCAGCGGUAGCUCGAGCGCCAGUGCCAGCCCUUUUGUCAUUGCCAUUCAGAAUGCUGGUAUCUCGGGGCUGAACCAUGUCGUCAACGCUGCUAUCUUGAUCUCAGCCUGGUCCUCAGGGAAUGCAUGGUUGUUCGCUGGUUCUCGAACACUGUAUUCCCUCGCCUGUGGCGGCCAGGCCCCCAAGAUCUUCACCCGGUGCAACCGCAACGGCGUGCCCUACGUGGCCGUUCUCAUCACCUGGGUAGUCGGCUUGCUGUCCUUCCUGAACCUGUCGGACUCGGGAGAGAACGUCUUCUACUGGUUCACGAACAUCACCACAGUGGGAGGGUUCAUCAACUGGGUGCUCAUUGGUAUUGCUUAUUUGCGUUUCCGCAAAGCAUUGACUUACCAUGGCCUGAUGGACACGCUCACUUUCAAGACUUCUCUGCAGCCCUACGGCACAUACUACGUUAUUCUGAUCGUGUCCCUCCUGACCAUCACCAACGGCUACGCGGUUUUCUUCCCUGGCAACUUCACUGCGGCCGACUUUCUGGUGUCGUAUAUCGUGGUAGCUAUUUUCCUGGCCCUUUAUGUGGGCCACAAAGUGUGGUACCGGACCCCAUGGAUGACCAAGGUGUCGGAGAUUGACGUGUUCACGGGCAAGGAGGAGAUUGACCGGCUCUGCGAGAACGACUUUGAGCGGAAGCCGCGUAAUUGGCUGGAGAGGGUGUGGUGGUGGAUUGCUUGAGCAGGAUUCACCACUUGAGUCAGAAGUAUAUAUUUGCAUAUCCUCUGGGCACGACACAUGUACAUAGAUAGAAAGUUUUAGCCAAGAAUGGAAGCGC